AUGGAUACUACAUAUACAUUUCGAUGGGAUUUGCGCUGUUGUUUUUGUCUCUUUGACUUCCAUGACGGGGACAAGGUGGUCACAUCUUUUCCAUCUGAAGUGGCUAAUAGUGUGGCCCCGACAGACGUGCUGUUUGAAUACAAAACACCGGUUUUCGACCCCCAAGAUCAGCAAUGCAUUCCACCGCGCAAAUGGAGACGGUAUAGGGAAGUAGUUCCCGCAUCGCAUCAGUCUUGUCUUCGAGACUUUCCAGAAGUCCACAUGAAUCGACUGUGGGCUGUAGUUCGCUACGACUUCCAACCGCCAGUCUUUGAUAUAGCUCGAAGAAGAUCCGUCUUGGCGACAGAAAUAAUCACACAGACCGAGUCUUCUUUCCAAAAACAAGCGAGGCUGGGCCUGCUUGCCUUGCUAUCCUCGUCAUCAGUUCCUAAAAAUGUACUUCAAGGAGAGGGCCUUGCUUCUUUUACUGUCAGCGUUUGCAACUCCAUCUGGGGAACAGGUUUAGUGUUUGAAGGUGUUCGAUACAUGUCGUAUCUGUCGAACAAGAAACAUGACGAAAGCUUUAAGCGGAUAGAACGGCAGAAGGAUGCUCUUGAUUCAAUCUACUUUGCCUCAAACCAUCUAGGUAUUGUAUUUAUAUACUUCGAGGAACCUGUCCGGUCAAAACAAGAACUGCCUGGGAUUUGGUGGAGUUGUGUUCAAGGAAAUUUAAGGAAUAACCUCAUAGAGGGAUACACUGAUGGCUACAAGAUGCGUGACCUGCGCUUAGUGGGAUCAAACUACCCCAAGGGAGGCCUGACCAGCCGGUGGUUGGUAUUGCCGUCAAAGCCGAGAUCUACAUGGAUAGUGAACUUGGACGACAGAACUCACUCGAAUCUUUACUUCAAGUUCUUGGACUGCGAUAAGCCUGGGAUCACUGGCUUUUCAGCGUGCAUGGUUGAUGGAGACCUUGUAGAUCUACAUUGCCAUACUAAAGGCAAGAACCUUGGGUUCUACCACGAUGGUGGCGGCGAUCGACGGCAUGCUGUUUGGCUAUAUUUCCCAGUUGAACAAGGCGAGCGCAUCUUUGAAGUUUGGCGACGGCAGAAGAAACCUCAAUUUUGUCGAGAUAUCCCCAUGCUGUGUACGAAUAAAGGACGCGUCUUUGUUCUAGGUACACACGUCAACCAAUAUGACCUCGACGUCAAAUACGACCGCCUCACCUCGUUUCCAACACCACAGCAGGCUCGUUUCUGGUUCAGCUGUCACGAGGGCUAUGUCGAUUAUCUAGCGUUCGACUCUAAAGACCAACGCCACAACAAAAACGAGUUUCACAGACCGUUGCAAGGCAUCUCUGCGCUGUGCUCUUCGGGUGUACCGACCCAAACCUUCGCUUCGUCGGCGCCGCUGAAAGAUGUAGUUGAGGUUGUACCAUGCAGAUCAUGGGUACCUGGAUCAACCGGGAUCGUUGGGCUUCUGUUGACGUACUCCGAUAGGCAUCGUGAAACGCUCGGACAAAUACAGCUUGACCACCUUCUCGCACCAAUGAAGACCGAUCCAAAAGGGGAUAUGUGGCUAGGGCUUAGGUAUCUUACCCGUGGUUCGGUCGUUGAGGCGAUGAGAUUGAUACCGUCGAAUGGCGAGACAAUUUAUGGCGUGAAUACAUCUGAGGCUGGGCUUCAUUGGCAUAAUGCUAAAUGGCAAGGACGACUGGACUGGUUCUUUUGGUACGGGUUAACUUUUCUAACCUACCAUCCGCAGCCUAUCCCAGAUCAGCAUAUCAGUAGGAUACUGGAGAUGCAAGGAGGGAGGGAAUGGGAGAGGGAGACACCGACUGAUGUCUGUAUACCCUUCACUCCCCUUUCCAGCAAUCGCUCUAUGGGCGAGGGCUUGAUGGUCAUAGACGCUUGA